UCGCUUGGUGCCAAGAAAAAAUUUCACUUUUACGUGAGCCGAGCAGAGCAUUCGACGAGAAAAUUUCCUCUCUCACUGCCAGUAAUUAUGGGCGGCAUUCUAAAACAGUAUUAUGCAGUUAUCUCAGCGAACAUUGUGACUCUCAUCUACGGCGUUGCUGUUGGAUGGCCUUCGGCGAGUCUUCCGCUACUUCAGAGCGCCGAAAGCCCCUUGCCCGGAGGUCCGUUGACGCUGCUCGAGUGCUCUUGGAUCGGUUCUGUACUGUGUUUAGGCGGCGCGAGUGGACAAAUUUUCUUUGGAUGGCUCGCUGGGAAAUUUGGAAGAAAGCCAGCGAUUCUCUUUUCGUUCAUACCGGGCGUUGCAAGUUGGUUACUCAUCGCUUUCGGGACCGGAUUUUAUCAUCUCUUUAUCGCGCGUUUUCUCAGUGGAUUCAUUGGAGGCGCCGCAUUUCAAGUUGUUCCGUUAAUCGUGAGUGAAGUUUCGAGCGUUCAAGUUCGCGGAUCACUUGGAUCUCUGUUGAUUUUAUUCCACAAUGGCGGAAUUGUCGUUGGAUACGCGUUAUGCAGUUAUACGGAUUAUUUUUUCGUGCCAUGGUGCGGAAUUGGGUUAUGUGUCAUUUUUCUCGUGAGUUAUCUCUUUGUGCCAGAAACUCCUGCUUAUCUCGCGUUACAAGGGGAUCACGAGGCAGCGAAAAAAUCCAGAAAUUUCUUCAAAAGUGAUGAAAAAUCGGAAGAUUUUGAGUUGGAAAGCAAGAAAAUGAUGGAAAAACCAGAAAUUUUAUACGCGGAAGAGGAAAAAUUCAAAUUUUCAGACGUUUUUACGCCAGCGACGAAGAAAGCUUUGAUCAUCGGAGUCAUUUUAGCCAACACGGUGUCCUUUUCCGGCGCCUUUACCCUCACAAAUUACUACGAAACGAUUUUUCGUGAGGCUGGAAGUUCAUUAUCGCCUGCCGCAUCGAGUAUAAUUGUCGCUUCCAUUCAAUGUGCCGGCUCUUAUUCGACAACGCUGACAGUUGAACGUGUAGGACGCAAAUUUUUGAUCCUCGCAUCAGCUUAUGGGUCAGCAACGUGUCUUGCUGUCAUGGGAUUAUACUCUUGCUUGAAGGAUUUGAACGUGGAUGUCUCUUCUUAUGGAUGGCUUCCACUUUUGUGUCUUUCCUUGCUCGUUUUUAUCGCAGCAAAUGGCGCCUCGUCUGUUCCCUAUGUCGUAAUUGGCGAAAUUUUUGCUCAAAAUGUCAGAGGAUUUCUCGUUUCGGUUUGUAACAUUGCAAAUUGGACCACAAGUUUCAUUCUUGUGCUCGUUUUUCCCUACAUGAUUGAAUAUCUAAAGCUGUACGGAGCAUUGUGGGUGUUUACGGUAAUAGGAUCAAUUUUGGCAACCAUUAUCGCUUUCAUAAUGCCCGAAACGAAAGGCUUGAGCAUCGAGAGAAUUGUCGAGAUACUGGGAAGCCGGUAGAUAAGAUACGUAGCAAAAAUGUUAUAAAACAAUAAAAAAUUGUCAGCGAUAAAAUUGCAUGUUACUUGAUUGCUAACGUUCCGCACUCACACAAAUGCGAAAAAAAAAUCGAGAAUUCAAAAGGUUUCCUACUAAAAUACAAAAAAAAAACACGGUAACGAUCAAGCUGCGGCAAAUGUGUGAGUGAAUCGGAAUCGGUGUGGCUUUUUCCACUCUUGUUAUUGUUUAUUAGAUAGGCGAGCUAGAGAGGCUAUAAAGUUACACGCAAGCAAGAAAUCAGGUAUAGUAGGUCCAUACAUUCGUUGGAUAGAUAAUAUUUAAUUGGCAAGUAUUGACGACGAUUUUAUGACUCGCGUUGCUCUCUCAGUUUUUUAGCAUUUAACACACAUUUCGAACGCUGCUACUGACUUCUAAUUCACUUCCGAUCGUCUCUCACAACUACAUUCCGUCACUUUUAUUAGGUAUAUGCGUUUCAAUUUUGUUAUUCUGUUCAAGACAUGUGUUACUGCUCGUCUUUGCAAACGCGUUUCAUUAAAAAAAAAUUAA